CCCCCUUUUAUGCUUUUUUAAAUUUUUAUAUUUUUAUAAGGGAGAGAGAGAGAAAAUAAGGCGUACUUUCAACUACAUAUCCCAUGAUGCACCAAAACAACAUGUGAGUUUUGUUACCGGGUCAUUCCCAUAAGAACGACACAUUUUUAUGAGGGAAACUCAGAGAAGAUGAUGGGAAUUAAACUUUUUAGUUAUAUUCCGGGUUUGUUGGUGCAGCUGAGAUGAUAUUUUAAGUAGCGUCUGCACCCCUGCCGGGAUGGAUCUUGGGAAGGCAAAGCUGCUCAGGACCGGUCUCAACACUCUGCACCAAGCCAUCCACCCCGUGCACGGAAUCGCAUGGACAGACGGCAAGCAGGUCUGCCUGACGGCGCUGUACUUCGUCAACGGUGAGGUGAAGUUUGGCGACACCAACGUUAUCGGGCAGUUUGAGCACGUCUUCGGGCUGUUCUGGGGCCCCCUCUGCUGCUCGGACUCCCCCGCGCUGUUGGCCGUGCAGCACAAGAAGCACAUUACAGUGUGGCAGCUGCAGCUCAGUGCCCUUGAGCAGAACAAGCUGCUGUGCACACAGACCUGCGAGAUGAGCGAACCUUUCCCUCUGCUGUCCCAGGGCUGCGUCUGGCAUCCCAAACUGGACAUUCUGGCCGUUCUGACCAAGAAAGACGCUUCGGUUUUGUUUUCGGUGCGGGUGGACAACAGGCGGAUCAAAGCGGACGUCAGAGGCGGCGGACUCAUUCACUGCGCUUGCUGGACCAAGGACGGGACGCGGCUGGUGGUGGCCAUCGGCAGUGCUCUGCAUUCCUACAUUUGGAAUGACAUCCAGAAGAGUCUGGCGGCGUGCUCCUUUUGCCCCGUCUUUGACAUUGGGGGCUACAUCUGUGCGAUUGAAGCCACAGGAGAGGCUCAGGUGGCAGUGGCCACAGAGCUGCCUCUUGAUAAAAUAUGUGGGUUCAAUGCCGGAAUAGCUUUUGACCUGCCCACUGAUGCAGAGCCCCUGCAGAGCCAGGGCUCACAUGUGCUCAUGUCCGACGACGACGGCGUUUUGGACUCUCGGAGGAGAUCUUUUGAGUCGGAGAGAUCCUACAUCCCCAGUUCGAGCGCCCUGGACCUCACCCACCUCCUGGCGAGGCACCGUCGAUCUGACCCCAGCCCGCUCAUCCACCUGCGUCGCCGGGACACCGUGACCGGCUCUGGUCAGGACUGCUCCCACCUCGUACUGGUGACCUUCGAGCGAAAGGUCACCACCACGCGCAAAGUCAGCAUUCCCGGCAUCUUGGUCCCCGACAUCGUUGCUUUCGAUCCGCGCGCCUCCACCGUGGCGGUGGCGUCCAACAGCUGCAACAUGGUGCUGGUGUACUCCAUCACUGCCUCUGCCAUGCCCAACAUCCAGCAGAUCUCCCUGCAGCAAAACGACCGGCCCAAAGGGGUCUGCUUCCUCAGCGACAAGGUGCUGCUGCUGAUGGUGGGCAGGCAGAAGUCCAACGAUCCCGCUUUUCUCCCGUCCUCCAAUACCGAUAAAUACAUCCUUCGUAUUAUUGCAAAAGAGUUGAUGAACGAAGGAGGGAGGGCCAUGACGCCGUCCUCCCCCGCUCACAACAACGAGCCUUCCUCUAAUUUCUGCGCAGGGAUUAGGAGACACUCGGAGCACCUGCCAAAGGAUGACAGGGAGCGUCCGGGGAUAAAGGACUUGGUGUUACCAGGAAGGGGGGUAGUUUGUUCACCGGGCAACAGGCGCAGGCUGGUGGAGGAGGUGAGGAGCAGCGAGGCCAGCCCCGUCACCAGCUCCGUGGACUUUUCCGACCGCCCAGACAGAGCCCCGUCCAGCGCCUCCUUCGCUGUGGACAGUUUUGACAUGGACCCCGUCAACCACAUGGCCAGCCUGGCUGUGGCCGGCCAGGCCAGCAGAGACUCCAGCCGGGCCAGCUCUCCUCGCUUCGAGCCGCCCGACAAGAGACAGACGGAACCGGCUCCGCCCCUGCCCGAGAAGGCGGCGGCGAACCCGGCCAGGGAGCGCGGGCUGGACCAGCUGGUUCUCAACAUGGAGAGGCUUUUUACACGCUUUGCAGAUGUGCAGCAGUGCCUGACGGAUAUCAGAGAUUCCACGCAGAAUGGAAAGAAGAGCCCGAGCGUCUACCCCGGCGCCAACGAACCCCCGUAUCUCAACGUUACGUGUCAGAAGCAGCUCUCAGAAAACGUGUUCAUCGACGAGAGGCGGCCCGUGCUGCUGUGCGACGGGAAGCUGAGCCUGCGCGUCCUCCAGGACCUUUUCAACCUGGCUGUGGUGGAGAUGAUGUAUGGUCCGCUGUGGGUUGUCCUGGUGGCCGAUGCAGAUGGCUUUGUGCCUCUGACGUUCAAACCCAAAGAUGAACUGACGGUGAGAAACGGGAAGAGAAAAGCAGCUCUGCGACCUCCGGGGAGUCCGGAGAACUCGUGCCCCUCCAGUCCCGCGCCCCACCAAAGCCCCGCCGCAGCCUCAGAGAUCUCCACGUAGGGAGCCGCCACUCAGAACUCCGCCAAGAACUUUGAAGCCCCAAAUAAUCAGGAGACGAGCCCCCUUUUUCAGGUGGAAGCUUCACAUGUUGUUGCUUGGGACUAAAGGAAAGAACAGUGUUUUUAUGAAAAAUGUCAUGCAGUAAAUUUGCCCUUAACAAAAACCAGAACACGUUUCAUGAAUGUUUUUUUUUUUUUUUUUUAAAUCUAUCAAAUGUUCUUGUGUUCUGACUGGAUAGAGGUCAGUCACUGCACCACAGCAGUUUCUUACAAAAACACCCGGUUUUGUAUUUUUAGGAUUUUACGUUGAAGCUAAAUGUCAUAUUUUACUGUCGUUUGAUAAUAAAAUCUAAGAAAUGAAUAA